GCAGAAAGCUGUUGCUGAGAGGGGCCUUUGAGGGAGCAGCAGCCGAGCUCAGGGAGGGGAGGAUGACUCAGCAGGGAGCUGUUCUUCAGGGUUACAAUAACGAACUAGUGAAAUGUAUUGAAGAUCUGUGUAUGCAAAAAGAAGAGCUGAACAAACAAAUCCAGCAAGCAGAAGAGGAAAAAAAUAAACUCCAGCAUGAAAUCCAAGUCCUGAACGAACAACUAGAGUGUGUGUGUGAAAACCUGGCCCAAAAGGUAGCUUCACGGAAUGAACUUGAUAAAAUUCUUGCAGAAACUGAAGCUGCUUACAUGAAGAUUUUGGAUAGUUCUAGAACUUUACUUAAUGUCCUGAAGAAGGAAGUGGGAAGCUUAAAGCAUACACCAGAACUGAAAACCAAUGUAACGUGAAACAGUCAAAUGUUUGGACUCCCCAGUGUUAAAAUUCCAGUAGGUGAGAAAUGUGGAUAGCCACAGAACCUUACAACAGUGUAAGCAGGGAGGGAUUUUCUUCCAAUCUCUCUGUGUAUUUUGUUAUUUUUUUUAAAUGCACUAGAAAAUAGAUGAAAUAAAGUUUCUG